GUCCUUGGCUGCUCCACUCCCUCAUUCUUGGAAUAAAUUCAGAAAUGACACUUGAUGACCUCAAGAGCAACAGUAUGAAGGAUCAACCUGACGAGAAAUCAAAUGGAGAUAAAGCUGAAGGUCCUCGGAGUCUUUCCAUGCGGUGGCGCCCUGCUGCCCUGAUUCUAGGGUUACUGUGCCUGGGAUUACUGGUGACCGUUAUACUGCUGAUAAUACAGUUGUCCCAGGUGUCUGAUCUCCUGAAGCAACAGAAAGUGAAACUUACUCACCAGGAAGACAUCCUGGAGGGACAGGCUUUAGCCCAGCGCCAGGCGGAAAAAUCUUCCCAGGAGUCACAAAGGGAACUAGAAAUGAUAGAAACACUUGCCCACAAAUUGGAUGAAAAAUCCAAGAAACUGAUGGAGCUUCAACAGCAGAACUUGAAUCUUCAAAAAGCUCUGGAGAAAGCGGCAAACUUUUCAGGUCCUUGUCCCCAAGACUGGCUCUGGCAUGAAGAAAACUGUUACAAAUUUUCCUCUGGCCCAUUUAGUUGGGAAAAAAGCCGGGAGAACUGCUUGUCUUUGGAUGCCCAACUGCUGAAGAUUAAUAGCACAGACGAUCUGGAAUUCAUCCAGCAAACCAUCGCCCAUUCCAGUUUCCCAUUCUGGAUGGGGUUAUCUCUGAGGAAACCCAACAACUCAUGGCUCUGGGAGGACGGUACUCCUUUGAUGCCCCACUUGUUUAGACUCCAGGGAGCUGCUUCCCAAAUGUAUCCUUCAGGCACCUGUGCGUAUAUACACAGGGGAAUUGUUUUUGCUGAAAACUGCAUUUUAAAUGCAUUCAGUAUAUGUCAGAAGAGGGCGAAUCUCUUGAGAGCACAGUGAAUUUGAAAGCUUUGGAAGAAAAGGAGAAGAUCUUUGGAUUCUUUUCUGGAAUUUAAGCUAUACUUGGUCACUUAAGUGCAAACCAUGAAAGCCCUGACAACUGCCUGUUGCUCUAUGAGUGCAGAACUCCUUAGCAGAGACUGGGCCUCAGCUACCUGACAGCUUGGUUAUCAAUAGUUUUAAUUCUAUCCCUUUCUCUCUGUGUUCCCUAGCGUGUCCCAAGCCCCCCUGCCUGCCAUCAGUUAAGUCCCUUUCCUGUUUCUAUUAUUUCUAAGAACUUGUUGCUUAAUGCAAGGUCGUAAAAUUUUUUCUCCUUUGGUUUCUCCUAGGCAUUUUAUAGUUUCUGAUUUUACAUAGAAACGUAUAAUUUAUUUUGGGUUAAUCCGUAAGCCGUGUUUGGAUGUACCGAAGUGUUUUUAUUCCCCCACUUGGCUACUCAAUUGUUUUCACAAUAUUUGUUGAACAGUGCAUUAUUUUUUUCACUAUGGCUGUCUUUGCACUUUUGUCAACAAUUAUUGAUACAUGCCUGGGUCUGUUUCUGAACUCUCUCUUCUGUUUCCUUUAUCUAUUCUAUACUCUUUGUUACAGCACCACCAUGUUAUUUUUUUCCCAAUUUUAAAAGUUUUAUUGAAAUAUAGUUGAUUUACAAUGUUGUGAGAAUUUCUUCUGUACAACAAAGUGAUUCAGUU